AUGCAGGGUUGCCUUGUCAUAAACAACGCACUUAGUUGGACGAGUAACGUUGUAAAUGCAAUGCUGGGCGAUGAUGCAGAUGUCAGGGGGCUUAUUGCAAAAUACCAGAGGAAUAUGUUCUCCUCCGGCACCUACCAGUGCAUAUUUGACUACGGGGGAGAUUCCGUAUUUCUUAAUUCCAUGACUUGGAUACUUUCUACUGUAUGGGAGGUCGCUGCACUGUGUCUCGCGGUCUGGAUUGCUGUAAAGCAGUUCCGUGAACUGCAACAACACUCAACGAGAGGUGUUAUCGGUGACUGUUUCAGGGUGCUAAUGAAACCUCAUAUCGGUUUCAUGUCUUCAACGCUGUUAGUGGACUUGUAUACCCUGGACGCUCAGAUUUAUGAAGGUUUCGCUGAGAUAUUCGAGCUUGUGGGAUUGUUUGUGCUGGGACCACGCCUAAUCCUCGGUGUUCGAGAAUAUCACGCUGAACUUGUGGCCAAAUCUGAUACGGCGACCACUAUGACUUCAAUUGCUUUUCAGGAGCACGUCCAAGUGUUAACUAGCAGUAGUGUAUAGCGCAGGAGAUGUUCGAUAUGAUUGAUUCGCAAUGGGGGGUAGUGUGCAGGGACCAGGGAGAAUUUGUUUUUGUUUAUUCCAGGUUUUGUCGUGGUACUCAUUUAUGUACGAGAGACAUAUGUUGAAAGUUCUGGAAGUGUUAAAUCCAGAGAGGGAGUGAUAGAAUCCGUGCGUUUCGCGACAGUGCUAUGCCGGCUCUGGGUCCUUAACGGUGAGUGUGUGGUAUGCACAGCCUGGAAUAAAAUGCAUAACUUGUCUUGUCAUUCGGGCCCGACUCGGCGGCCUUGUUGGAAACAUCGAUUGGCUUGUCAAGUUGGAUGGGCCAUCA